UUUACAGUUAAAUUAAAUCUUCAUGGAGGCUUUGAAUUUGGUCAAGUGUAAUGAAGAUCACAUGAUUACCAUGAAUAAUCAGUCACACGAUGGUAUUAGUUCCAGCAGCGAAGAUGAUUUUGAAGAGGUAAAUAAGACAUCAGAUCAAAAUAAAGAAGAAAGUAAAGAGGAAAGUAAAAAUAAUCGAAAUUCUUCAGCAUUAAUAUUGUACCCAGGCCAGAAAAAGAAGAAAAGAAUUCCUCCUCCUAAUCCUCUACUUCCAAAGUCUUACUUUAUCGAAGACGAAGGUGCUAUGACUGGAAGUCUAGGUAAAAUAUUCAUGCUCAGACGAUUCAAAGGAACUGAUAAAUAAAAAUGAUCUUAUGAACCAAGAUUUUGAAAUUGCUGGAAUUGACAAUACAUACCCUGGUCAUAUUAAUCUCUGAAACAUCUUCGCACCUUGAGACGAAUCAGGCGAAAUGAAAGAAGAGAUCGUAUAUUAUCGAGAAAUAAGUGGAGAUAGUGGCAAAGCUCUCACUAUUGCUGAAGUCAAUAAGAAAGGAAAUUCAUUUAAUACCAAUAAACUAGAUGUAAAACGUUUGCUUUCCCAAGUCAAACUUUUGAGUAAGAAACGAACUGAGGAUUCUUCUGCGGUGGUAACAAGCGGCCUUUCUCCGUUUUAUAAAAUUAAAGAUGAUGAUGAUAAAACUCUUGUUUUCGAGUCUAGAUUUGAGUCUGGAAAUUUGCACUCAGUAAUGAAAGUUGAUGACAACGAGUAUCAUCUUUGACUACAAAAUGAUGUAAACACAGUCGGUCAUACACAGUGGUUCUUCUUCAGAGUUCAAAAUACAACUAAAGAUCUUGAAGUAAAAUUUAAUAUGCUGAACUUAGCAAAACCAGAUUCUUUGUUUAAUCACGGUAUGAAACCUCUAUUGUACUCUGAGCAUAAAGUUGAUAAAGAAGGUAUUGGCUGGUUCAGAGGAGGUCACAGCAUAUGAUAUUAUCGUAAUGGAAUAAAGAAAGACAAAGGCUCGUAUUACACACUCACUUUCAAGUACACAUUUGAGCAAGAUAAUGAUACAGUAUAUUUUGCAUACUGAUACCCCUACACAUACUCAGAUUUGAAGGCAGACCUUAUUGCAAUUGAACGGAACCCUAGGACAAAGAACUUUUGAGUGAUUAGAUCGUUAUGACGUUCGCUUGCUGGGAAUAGCUGAGAUUAUCUUACCAUCACAAAUAAGACGAAAUCAACAACUGAUAAACCCAAGAAAGCUAUCGUAAUCACUGCAAGAGUCCAUCCUGGUGAGACUGUAGGCUCCUGGAUGAUGAAAGGCGUAAUAGAUUUUCUUACCGAUCCGGAUAACGAAGAAGCUCAACUCCUUCGAGAUAAUUUUGUAUUUAAAAUCAUUCCAAUGCUCAACCCAGAUGGAGUUAUAAACGGGAACUACAGGUGUUCUCUAUCAGGCAAUGACCUGAACCGGAGGUGGAAAGUCCCUUCUAAAGUUCUUCAUCCUAUAAUUUAGUUCAACGCUAAAAAUGAUCAAAGAAGUCCACAAAGAACGAGAAGUGUUAUUAUUCUGAGAUCUGCAUGGCCAUUCCAGGAGAAAAGAUAUCUUCAUGUAUGGCUGCAAUGUCAAGAAUAAGCCAGAAGAGACUAGAAUAUUUCCAUACAUAUUAGGCAAAAUAUGACCGUAUUUCUAUUUCAAAUAUUCAAAAUUUGGUAAUCAAAAGUCAAAGGAGUCAACGGCUCGGCUUGUACUGUUUAGAAACUUGAAGAUUCCAAACAUUUUCACUCUGGAGUCAUCAUUCUGUGGCAACGAACAUGGUCCUUACAAAGGCAAGCAUUUCACAAGAGAAGAUCUCCAACAAGUUGGGAAGGACCUAUGUAAAGCAAUUCUGGCUUAUACAGGACUAAAAGUUCCAGAAGGUCUGGAACUUCCUUUCGAAAAUUCAAAGAAAUCUGAUUCGACCAGUAUUAAGAAGUUUAUCCACAACUCCAUUCUGAACCAAUUCAAAGAGCACCAAGAUCUCAUUGAAGAUGGGAAUGGAGACUCCUCAUGAGGCUCAGAUAGUGAGCCUAGUGAAGAUAACAUGGACAUCGAAGAGAUUUGCCAACUAGUGCCACCAGUUGAUAAAUAAGCUGAGAAAUGCUCUCAAGAAACUCAAUAAGGAGAAAUCUGAUUUGAAAUCUCAGUCAUCACAGAAAGUUCUCCGGGAUAAGGAUAAAGGAGGUUCUCUUAUCAAGCAAAAACAAAUAAAAAUCCGGAACAAAACUGCUUCGAAGAAGCCUGAAACUGCAAAGCCUAAGAUGGUUGAUGCCUGGACUCAGACUGAGCGUAGCGAUUUCGCAAUCAUCAAAUAUAAAAUGCAGAAGAAGUUGCAAGCCAAAUCUUUGGAGAAGAACAAGCUAAAUGCUGUACUAGGCAAGAAUAAGGGAGGGUCACAGUCAGUAGUGAGAGCAUCAGGACUGGGGUCUCAUAACUCGCUUGUCAACAAAAUGUCUACUUCUUUGAAAGGAGCCAAUUCCUCUGCAGCCAAGACUAAGACACAUGAACCUUUAAUGGAUUCAGGGAUUAAGAAUUAUAGCCAAAUGCCUAUUAAAAUGGGAUUUUCAAAUAGUUCCCAAAGACAUGGGUCUGAAUCUGCUAAGUCUCAACUGACUCCAGGGUUCUCAAGGAACCCGAUCAAGGGAAAAUCCAAGAGGACAGUAAUGCAUAUGAAUAAAAAGAGGAAGGCUAAUAAAAUGAGGCUUCCCUCCUUGAAAGAUAAACAUCGCAAAUAAGUUUUGGUAAUCUGAAGAAUCUUCGAAUUUUAUUUU